GGGAGGGCUGGGGGCCGCCGCGGGAGGGGCUCCCGCCUGCUGGGCAGCUCGUGCGGCUGGUCGUUGCGGGCGGGUGACAUGCCCGUGAGCUGCGGAGGCUGCGGCCCCCAGGUCUUUUAUGGAUUAACUCUUCACUGAUUACAUACAACAGCAAUAUAGUUAUGGCGACCUUCCAGACUUUCAGAAACAGUCAUAUGAAAACUAGAGCAUCUGUCAGAAAAAGCUUCAGUGAAGAUGUGUUCCAGUCUGUAAAGUCUUUAUUGCAGAGUGAGAAGGCACUAUGCAGUGUAUCAGCAGAGGACUGUUUAAAGCAGGAUGAACAUGCCAAUUUAACGGAGGUCACAUUUCUAGGUUUUAAUGAAGAAACAGAUGCUGCUCAUAUGCAGGAUUUGGCUGCACUUUCUUUGGAACUUCCAGAUCUUCUGAACUCACUGCACUUCUGCAGUCUAAAUGAAAAUGAAAUUAUUUGUAUGAAGGAUAUAAAUAAAUCAUCAGAUAUAAACAAUGGUCCGCUAAACCAGAGUCAUCAUCCCGGAAUGCUUUGUGUCAUGAGAGUGUCACCUACAUUACCAAGACUCAGAAUUGAUUUUAUCUUUAGUCUCCUAAGUAAAUAUGCUACUGGAAUAAGGUACACCCUGGACAGGUGUUUGCAUCAGAAGCACCGGCUUGAGGCCGCUAACGAGGAUGAUGACGACACUAGCCAGUCGGUGUCUUCCAUCGAAGAUGACUUUGUCACUGCUUCUGAGCACUUGGAGGAGGAAGAGACUUCAAAGCCAUAUAAUGAUGGAAUAAACAUUCCUGCACUAAGGAGCCAGUGUGAUGCUGCUUCACAGACUAGUUCUGGUCACCGUUUAGAAACCCAUGAUUUCAGGGUUCUGGUUGGCUCUGGGCGGCAGAAGUCAUUGGCUAAACCUUCAGCUUCUUUAAUAAAUAUUCUGGGACAUAAAGAACUGCCUUCCGUGAAAACUUCAGUCACGACAUCAAUUUCUGAGCCGUGGGUCCAGAGGAGUUUCUAUAGAUCGUCUACUGCCUCAGAUAAAGAUAGGGAUGCGCAGAAACAGUUGUUUUCUUCUUCUCCUGCCUACUCAUCUGAAUCAGAGUGCUCAAGUCCAAGUCCUGUUAUCUUCUUGGAUGAAGAGGGAUAUCAAAAAAGUUUAAAAGCAAAACUUGAGUUACCUAAAAUUCCUGUGAUGAAAGAUGAUAUUGAGGAUUCAGACUCAGAAGUAAGUGAGUUUUUUGAUAGUUUUGAUCAGUUCGAUGAACUAGAACAAACUUUAGAGUCUGCUUGUCCAUUUCUAAAAGAUCCCGCCAUAGGGAAGACAUCACAAAAGAAAGGGCACAAACCUGAAAAAUUGUGUUCUGUAACUACUACUAUGAAUCCUCAAAAAUUCAAGUUUGAUCGUCCAGCUCUCCCAGCUAACGUCAGGAAGCCAACCCCUCGUAAGCCAGAGUCCCCUUACAGCAGCCUGUGCGAUGCUCCAGAUUCUCCCCGCCCAGUGAAGGCUUCGGGGGAAGACAGUGGUUUGUUUAGCCCUAUUCGAUCCUCUGCUUUCAGUCCUCUUGGAGGCUGUACUCCUGCUGAAUGUUUUUGCCAGACAGAUACUGGUGAAGAUAGGAUUCAUGAAAAUCAUGAUUCUGUUUAUUACACCUAUGAAGAUUAUGCAGAUAGCCUUUCAUGUGAAGUACUGGGCUCGGUUUUUCAUACCCAACAUGUUGAUGCAACAUCCAACAUUAAUAGUGUUAAAAAGGGAGAAAAUAAAAUGAUAGCUCUUAAGCAUGGAAGCCUUGAUCAGAAAAGUAAAUCUAAAAAUAAAUCCUCCAUGAUUAAGGAUAGCAUUCAGAAGUUUGCAACAGAUCUUGUGGAGAAAAGUUUUGGCAGUGCAUUUAAAGACUUGCAGAAAGGAGUCUCUUCAUGUACCAGUGCUUUGUGCCAAUUAGCCAUCAGAUUGACGUCCUCCGUUUUUCAGAUGGCAUUUAAUGAGCUGAGAAGGCAACGUGCGUUUUCCCUGAAAGAACGUGCCAUUAGUGGUCUGGCUAAUUUUUUGGUGAGUGAAGCUUUCGCAAAUGCUUUAAAAGAUUUACAGUAUGUAAAGAAGCAGAUCUUCACAAACACCGUUGCUAGGUUUGCUGCGGAUCUUGCUGAAGAACUUGUUUUUGAAGGCAUCAUGGAAGUGUGUCAGUUUUCGUAUCCUCCAACACCUGCAUCUCCACAGGGUCGGUCAUUUGACUAUGAAGACAAAGUAGUGAAGUCCUAUGCAAAAGAUCUGUCUGAAUCUGUAAUACAGGAAGCGUUCAUUGAGCUGUCUCAAGCUGAUGUGACCUUCACAACAAAGGCAGCAGUUAGUGUUUCCACAGAUAACAUUAAGUAUGUGAGUGCAGAAGAUGUAGUGCCACCGUCACAGACGUCUACAUUUUCCCCUACUUUCAACAGUCAAACAGCUAUGGUGACAAAACCAGUGCAGGAAUAUAAAAAGGAAUACACAGUACAACAGGCCUUGUUUUGUACUUCUGGAAUUGUUACUUCUAUACCAGUGCCCUUGGCAGGAAGUGCCCUUCUCCCAUAUCAUAUUUCAUCUAAUGUGUAUCAGGCAAAAUCUCAUCCAUCCUCUGAAGGUAAUUUGAAUGGUGAUCCUACCCAAGCAGGUGUUGCCACAAAAAACAAAGAAGAGGAGGUAGCUUGUCUCAGGAAUAUUUGUUUACCUUCAGAACACCAUCCGGGUAACCAGAAUGCUGUUAAACCAACUAAUGAUGAUAUUGAAUUGAAAAGCUCUUCAAAAUUAAUGAGUGAUCCUGUGAUGAUUAGCAAUUUUUCUGCGGCAGUGGUGCAUACAAUAGUAAAUGAAACUUUAGAUUCAGUGACAUCAUUCAAAGUUACAAGAACAGCGGAUGAAAACACAGAUUGUUUAACUAAAACAGUAAAGGGAAAAACCCCUCCUUUCCACUGUGCUCAAUCAACACUGAAACAGAGUGAGGCCAGCAAGGGCACAUUCGCUGAUCAGUUAUCUAAAUCCAUUAUUAAACAUUCCAUAGACAAAAGCAAAUCAGUGGUCCCAAGUGUAGAUAAAAAUGUGCACCACAAGGAAGGCUUGCCUAUUCCUGGAGACGAGUCACAGUUGACCUUGGAAAAGUUCCCCAAGUUUCUUGAGGCUCAAGAACAUUUAACUCACUAUUCACUUUCAGAAGGAAAGGACUGUGUUCUGGAAUGUAAAGGUUCUAUGGCUCAUGGAUUUUCUUUAGAGACACCACCACCUUGUCCAACUGCAGCAGGUCAGAAACUCGAUUUGAAGGAAAUGGCCAAGGACAAAUCCAUGAAAAAGCAUAGUUUGAAUGAUACAGCACUUGAGCCCUUGCCUUUUGGGCAGGAAAACCCUUUGCCCCAUUCACAUACUUUCUCAUCCACAGUGCUCACAUGUACAGACGAUUUGCACUCGGAAGAUAAACAGAAAAUCCGAGAUGGGAAUGUAAUACCUGAUACUCCUCCCUCAACCCCUCUAGUCCCAUCCCAGGCUGCUUCUGAAUGGGACAUCAGGAAGUUAACCAAAAAGCUCAAGGGGGAAUUAGCAAAAGAAUUUGCACCCGCUACACCACCUUCUACACCUCACAACUCGUCUGUCGGCAGUUUGUCUGAAAAUGAACAGAAUACCAUAGAAAAAGAAGAGUUCAUGUUGAAACUCAUGCGAUCUCUUUCAGAAGAAGUUGAAAGUAGUGAAGGUGAAGAGCAGCCAGAAGUGGAUGUGAAGUCAGAGCCCUCGGGGAAGAAAGUUCAGUUUGCAGAUGCCUUAGCGACACACAUCAUUUCUCUUGCAACUGAAAUGGCAGCUUCCCAUUUGGAUAAUAAAAUAAUUCAAGGACCCAAGGUUAAAAGCCCUUGCUUAAAUGUGCAGAGUCAAAGAAGUGUAUCGCCUACAUUUUUAAAUUGCUCAGAUGAAAAUUUACAAACAUUAUGCAGUUUUGCAGGUGAUAUGGCAGUGGAAGUCAUUACAGAAGCUGAAAAAAUAGCAAAAGUUAGAAGUUAUAUGCUUUUCAGGCAGAAGAGGAACAGUUACGUUGAUAGUGACCAAGACUGUAGAUCAGAAGAGAAGUUGGAUACAGAGGCUGUAGCACCUCUGGGAGAAAUAGAUCCGUUUAUUCUUUCAUUACCACCGAGUUCUUGUCUGUCAGGUCUGACAUAUAAGUAUCCCAGCUGCGAGAGUGUGACAGAUGAGUACGCAGGUCACGUAAUCCAAAUACUAAAACAGGAAGGUGGAAAUAGUGAGUUAAUAAUGGACCAGUAUGCCAAUAGACUUGCUUAUCGUUCUGUGAAGUCAGGAUUACAAGAAGCAGCUAAGACAGCCAAAGUGAAGUGCAGCUCACAAGUGUUCCCUGUGCAGAGCUCACAGGUGAAAACCAACGAUGAACUGUUACUGUUCUUAAGUAAAGAACACCCGCAAGAAGUAGAUAAAAAAAGACAAAGAAGUGUGGGUUACCUUCAUAAAAACCAGACUUGUGAAUGGACAUGGGAUACAGGAAGAAACGAGUGCUCGGAACUGUAUAGUUUUUCAACUUCUCUCGCUCACAGCAUCACAAGAGAUGUUAAAACAGAGCUGAUGGCAUCUACAGUUGGCUUGCCAAAAUCCUUACCGGAUUCUUGCCCUUAUGAGAAAAACGGAUGUGACAAAGAUGCUGAGUCUCACGUUGAGCCAGAAUUUCCCAAGUCUCUUCAGCCUUCGUCGCAAAAUCACAGAUUUUCCCACAGUACAGGCAGCGUGAGUGGGUGUGGUUAUGGAGAGACUGUUGUUCAUGCUAUAGAACAGUAUGCUAACAAGGUAGUAGUUGACACCUUAGAGUUGAGUUUAGGAUCUGCAGUUCUCCGCGUGUCUGAGACCGCAGAAGUGGCCGACAGGGUCACUUACGCGGAGAAGUCGUCACCUCUGGUAAGUCAGGCUUGCAGAUGUUGUGACCGCAGAGAGCUCCAUGACUGCACUGGAAAUUCACCUCCAUGCUUUCCCAGACCGUAUUCACUUGCUAAUAGUAAGCCAGUUUCUAAUUCAAAAUUUAGCAGCUACUACCAGAAAUCUAGAAUUUUUCAUCUCGAUGUCCCUCAAAUUCACGUUGAUCUUGAUAAGAAGACAGUGCUCGCUGAGAAGAUAGUUGCGGAAGCGAUUGAAAAGGCAGAGAGAGAGCUGAGCGGUACCAGUUUGGCAGGCGAUAGUGGAAUUGGACAGGACGGUGUCAGCUUUGCUGAAAGCCUCACCACGGAGAUCUUGACAUCGGCAAUGAUGAAUGUUGGACAGGCUGUUAGCGGUCCAAAAGAAGUAGAAGACUUUCAGUCAGCUGAGUCUUUUGGUAGCCAGCAGAUGAAUCUCAGCAUUGGUGAUGAUAGCACUGGUAGCUGGUCCAAUUUAAGUUUUGAAGAUGAACACCAGGAUGAAAGCAGCAGUUUUCAUCACUUAAGUGAAAGUAAUGGUAACAGCAGUAGCUGGAGCAGUCUUGGUUUAGAAGGAGAUUUGUAUGAGGACAAUUUAUCCUUUCCAACAUCAGACAGUGAUGGGCCGGAUGAUAAAGGUGAAGAGCAUGAGGAUGAUGUAGAAGGUUCGGAGCAAGAUGCAAAGACUCUUCUACUAGUUACGAAUGUUGACAUGGAGCCGUGCACAGUAGACCCCCAGCUACGGAUUAUUCUUCAGUGGCUUGUUGCCUCUGAGGCCGAAGUUGCAGAACUUUAUUUUCAUGACUCUGCAAAGAAGGAGUUUAUACAACUUUCAAAACGAUUACAAGAAAAAGGCUGGAAAGUGGGAGACCUUCUGCAGGCUGUGCUUAAAUACUAUGAGGUGAUGGAGAAGAUGUCCAGCGAGGAGAGGUGCAAGUCCCUGUUUGAUUGGCUCUUGGAAAAUGCGUAGAACAAACUCCAAACCAGUAUAGUUUAUGAUUUGUUUUGGGAGAGGAAGAAACAGAUAAAGAUGCAUAGGGUAAAAUUUGAAUAGUGAAUAUUAACAUUUAAAGUGAAUUGGGAGGAAAGUAAAUAUAGCUUUUUAAGUGCAUUGUGUCAUCACAUGGUGUAUAUAGUUCAUACUUUUGUAAUCUGUCAAAUAUUAUCUUCAGUUAUUCUUCUGUACACGUGUGUAGUGUGUUAAGACCCUGAGAACACAUAUUUGAAGGAAGAUCUAACCGUGAGACUUUCAGGGACAUUGACUGACGGCAUUCUUUUUGCAUCCAAAUAGUGCUGCUAGAAAUUGCACUGAGGUGGCUGAGGGUGGGUUCCAGGGAUAAAGAGUUAUACUUUUGCUCGUUUGCAAACAAAUGGUAUCCUAUUAAUAACUAAUCUGACAUCAAAAAAUAGCAUUGAGGCUAAUUUUUUUCCUGACAUCUUUUGUCCUAUUUUUAAGGGUCAAUUUUAUUUUCAUAGUAAAGCUAUUGGUAGCUUUGUGAAUCCCCCAAGUUAUUUAAUUUCUUAGAAACAAUAGUAGUUAGGGUCCUAUAAAUAUCGUAAAUGAUAGUUUCCCCAGCCUUUCAUCAAAUGACAUUAUUUGCUAAUGUUGCCAGUUGUUCUGGUAUGAAAAGCGAGAGAGAGAGAGAGAGAGAGAGAGAGAGAGAGUGUGUGUGUGUGUGUGUGUGUGUGUGUGUGUAUGUAAAGGAGACCUUUAACCUUGCUAGUGGUUGGUGCCCCCUUUUAUUUUACUCUUCUCUGGUUAGAAACCCACUGUUAACAUUAAAAGGGUGCUUUAAAAUAAAAUGUCUUUAAAGAUUGUGCAGUAAGAAUUUUUGUUUCUUUUUGACUAUUUUGGGUCCCCGGCUUAUCCUCUAAAUGAAAAUAAAGUUGCAAAACGUGGUGAAAUUUUAAAACUUAAUGUUAAUUUGGAAAUCCAUUUAGAGAAGCCCAGUAAAUAUUUUCAUUGUUGGGGCUUUGAAAAAAACACUCCGCUUUAGCAAGGAUAAGCUUUUUCUAGAAAAAAAAUGGGACCCUUCCCCUGACCCCUUCCCCAAUAAAGUGUAUCUGCACUAAUUUGUAAAGUCCUUUUUGGGCUCUGCAUUUUCUACUACUUGUCUUUAGUAACUGCAAGUUGACUUGAAUAGAGGACCAGGAUUGUGUUUUGUAUGUGAGGUGUGUGUGUGAAUUUUUGGUUCUUCCAUUAGCAGAUUUUGUAAUCUAGAAUAAAUCACUUUUUGUUGGAGGCUUUGGUUUUGCUCUGUUACAUUUUCUUUUUUCCUGAGCACUGACUGUUCUGGAAGCUGUACAAAGUAUAGAAGACAUAGCACCUGCCAGGGGAAAAGGAAUAAGGGCACUUACAUUAAUUUGAAUUAUAAUUAUGGUAGAGAAAUUAUUUUAUUGCUUUUUAAGCAAUUUGCUUUUUAAGAAAAAUGCCAAAAUCUAUUUCAAUAUUUUGAGGUUAUACCAUGUAAGCUUUGGUUUUUCUCAAUUUAAGAUAAAGAAGUAGAGCAGGCCUUAAAAAUAAAUUUUUGUAAAGUUUUUUCAGGUAUUUUUUUAAGGUGGAGAAAUGCAGGAAAUAUAUAUAACCAGAAUUGAUUCUGUCUUUAGGUUCUCAGAACUUGAUAUGCAGCAGCACUGGACUGGGUUUUUUAAUGUUAGGAACCAGGUUGUUAUAACCUAGAUUGAUUAUUAAGCUUAGAUUGAGUUUUUAAAAGUGUAUAACUAUCCAGUUUUGUUUGGUAACUUCAAUGUGUGUACGGGUUUUAUUAACAGCAAAACCGACUUCUGAAUUUCUUUUACGCUCAAGUGACAAUAUAUUAGUUCUGUAAAACUUUCUGUACUUGAAAAUGUUUAUUUCUCUUAUGGUAAGAUUCUCCUCAUAUUUUGUUUUCUUCACAUUAUCUGGAGCUGUGCUGGAUUCAGAGUUCCCUUAUUCAGCCACUGCGGACUGACAGACCAAUCCUUGGACACUAGCACGCAUAGUACUAAUCACAGUGGAACUCCGCACGUGAAUCAGCUCAGUGCAGGGGUGUAGAGAAAAAUAUCGUGUUGGCAGAUGUGAAAAGAAGUGGGAGUUAAGCUUCCUUAUAUAGAGAGAAAAUAUUGGAGUUUAUAACAGUAUCUUUUAAUCAAAAACAGUCUACACUUACUUUGUUUAAAGGCACUUUGUGAUUUUUCCAAAGACACUGUAGAUCUAUUUGGUUGCUCAGCCUUCAGAACAAGUCUGUUUGUUGAGGACAACUCUGUCUUAUUUUGUUGAAAAUCUACUUGACAUAAUUUUAUUAUGACAUUGUAAUAUUGCCAUUCUGCACACUUUGGCCCUUAUGAAAUAUCAUAUCUUAUUCAGAGCUGUUAAAGUUGUGAUGUGCUUUGGGUUGAAUUCUCUGUUUAUCAGUUUCAGAAACACGGAAGGAUUUAUGGAAAGAAAGUGAAGAAGGCCUCUGACAGGGGGUUUUUAGAGCAUAGUUUCAAACUGAAAUGGGGCGCUUCCUUCAUAUUCUUCUCUUCCCAAGCUAAGUUUAAAUUACAUUUAUAUUUUGGGUAUUAUUAAUUUUGAUUUUGAAAAUAUUUCCUGAUUUAUAUGAAAGGGAUGAUUCAUUUAUAAAUCAUGGAAGAAAAUUACAACAUCUGUUGGAUUGUUUGACACAAUUUACUGGAGUAAUAAAAUCUUUGAGAAUAUUCACUCGGUAAACAUACGUAAUAACAUCUUCAUAUUUUGAAAAAUGUUCCACUUACCCUUUCAGAUAUUUGAUGCGAAUUAAUUCAACUCAUAAUACUUUCAUUUUGCUUAAGUAAAGGUUUUAUUUUGCUGGUAGGAGAAGUUAGUUACUUAUUAAAUGUGCCAUGUGUAAAGUGGAAGAUAGUUUCCCCAUGUGACUUUGCUGUUAUGCAUGUCCCCAAACGCAGAGUUUCACCUGGAGUCUAGAUUCAGAUGUCUUCUUAGUUAAUCAUUUAGCAGAUACUAUCCUGCCACAAUGAAAAUGAUCACUUCCCCAUCAAUCUGUUGCUUUACAGUUUUUUCAAGGGAAACUUUCCACAGAAUUAAAAAAAAAAUAAUGCAUCCAUAUUCAGGGUGUAGGGAAAAUACUUUCCAUUAAAAACCCUGUCCACCUGUCACCAGCACAAGAGAAUUAGAGCUUCUGUGGGAAUUAUGAAAUUGUACUAAGAUGAAAUGCGUUUUUUUCUCAUUUUUAUUAGAAGACCCUGCGUACAUUUACUCACUAACUGUAUUUCUGCUCUGAAGAUGCAGAUACAGUGUUGGUCACUCUUGUCACUUUAUUUAUUUAUUUUUUUUUACCAUCCAUGUACAUUCCUUUCACAUGCAUAGAAUUAUAGUUCUAGAUGUUCAUUGUUUUGUUUUUGUUGUAAUGUUUGAAUACUAUUUAAUAUCAGGUUUUAAUAUUGCUGGAUUUGCUACCUUUGGUUACUUGUGCAGUGUUAAAAGUAAUUCACAUUCUUCUUUAAUAUACCAGAUAUAGAGCAAAAGCAGCUUUGAAUAAUUGUAGCUGUUUAUUUGACUGUGCUGAAUUACUACAUUAAGAUCUUGUAUUGUAUAACAGUAACUUUUUUUUUUUUGCUUUUCAGUAAUUUAAUAUGUUCAUUUACCAAAAUAUGAACUUCAGGAUGCACUAAAAUUUUGUUUUAGCAGUGGCUCAAAAUAAACAUUUCAGAAAUUACUUUUGUAAUAAUUUGCAAUUAAUUGUUCUUUUAUCUUUUUCCAAUUGUUUAAGUCUGUGAUCUUUCUCUCCCAGCUAAGAAUUACCCAAUAAACUUGAGAUG